CACGUGAUCUCUCGUCGCUUUAUAAACGCCAUCAAUGUGCUUUGACUUUAAUUUUCCGCUCAGCUUUAGGGAGUGAGACACUUCGACCCGCACAAGAAGCAGUCUGCGCCUCUGCGGACAUAAAAAUCAGCAUGUGGCAACUGGGUUUCCUGUGCAUGCUCUCAGCCCUUUCUGUUAGCUGGGCGCGACCACACCUUGCUCCUCUCUCCCAUGAGAUGGUCAAUUUCAUCAAUAAAGCCAACACUACUUGGAUGGCUGGCCAUAACUUCCAUAAUGUGGACUACAGCUAUGUGAAAAGGCUGUGUGGGACUUUUCUGAAAGGACCCAAACUCCCUGUCAUGGUGCAGUAUGCUGAUAACAUCAAGCUCCCCGCUAGCUUCGAUCCCAGAGAACAGUGGCCCAACUGCCCCACUUUAAAAGAGAUCAGGGACCAGGGCUCAUGUGGUUCAUGCUGGGCUUUUGGGGCUGCAGAAGCGAUCUCCGACAGAGUGUGUAUCCACAGCAAUGGCAAAGUGAGUUUGGAGAUCUCCUCUCAGGACCUGCUUACCUGUUGUGAAAGCUGUGGCAUGGGGUGUAAUGGUGGUUACCCAUCUGCUGCUUGGGACUUCUGGACCCAAGAGGGCUUGGUGACUGGUGGACUCUAUAACUCUCACAUUGGUUGUCGGCCAUAUACCAUUGAGCCCUGUGAGCAUCAUGUAAAUGGCAGUCGCCCACCCUGCAGUGGAGAAGGGGGAGACACUCCUAACUGCGACAUGUCCUGUGAGUCCGGUUACAGCCCAGCCUACAAGCAAGACAAACACUUUGGAAAGACUUCAUAUAGUGUUCCAACUAAUGAGAAAGAUAUCAUGAAGGAACUGUACAAGAAUGGCCCAGUAGAGGGAGCCUUCACUGUAUAUGAAGACUUCUUGCUGUAUAAGAGUGGUGUCUAUCAACAUGUGAGUGGAUCUGCAGUGGGCGGUCAUGCUAUUAAAAUACUAGGCUGGGGAGAGGAAAAUGGCGUCCCUUACUGGCUUGCUGCCAACUCCUGGAACACAGACUGGGGUGAAAAUGGUUACUUUAAGAUUCUCAGAGGUGAGGACCACUGUGGCAUUGAGUCAGAAAUUGUGGCUGGAAUCCCCAAGUAAUUUUUCAGAAAAGGCGAGAUGAAAUGAGCUUUCUGUUCAAAAGACAAUUGGUCUGAUUUCAACAAUAGCUGACUGUCGUUAUGUAUGGCCAUGGGUUCAGUUCAACAAUUGUGUUUUAUAAGAGAAAUGAACUUUUAAGAUUGUGGUGCCCUCUAUGAUCUGGUACCUUUUUAGCAGUUUUUGAUAAGCCUCCAUGCACAACUGAAUGUGUAACUUGUGAAGAUUGAGUCCAGCUUUAGACCAGUCUACAAUAGCAAUGCAUUUUAACCACCUGCAGUGCUUUUGCCUAUUUUUUUUAAAUCACAUAUUUGGGUAAAGUGGGUUUUUAUUUGAUUUGUAUUGUUUUAAUUAAAGUUGUCAAUGUAAUAAAUAUGAAAUGCCAAAAA